AUGGCCAAGCAGUACAAGACGGAACUAGCAGCCUGUAGCUCGAGCAUGGUGGCCACCACAAUCGCAUACCCACUCGACUUCGUCAAAUCGCGCAUGCAGGGUUAUCAGAUCGACUACAAGACCGCUGCAAGAGAUGCAUACCAUAAAGAAGGAUUGCGCGCGUUCUGGCGUGGUGUGGUCCCCCCAACAUUGAGCAUAGCUCUCGUGCGGACCUUCUCAUUCCGAAUGUACCAGGGAACUAAGUAUUACCUGGACCAGCAAUUCUUCGAAAUGAACGGCCGCAGUCCGCUGAUUCUCGCCAACACACCUGGACGAUUGCCAACAUGGGAUACCAUCGCAUGUCAUGGAAUAGCAGGCAUGGCAGCGGGAGCUUUCGUGACGUUCUUGUCUUGCCCUUUUGAGCUGAUGAAGCUUAAUGCGCAAUUAGCUGGAAAAGUCGCGCGGGACAAGGCGAUACUUGAGGCGAAGGAGAAGGUUGGCAAAUCUCAUACGGAAACGAAACAAGCUGGGAAGAACAACACGACAGGACACACGAUCGCCAAAGAGCCCAAGAUCAAAACACCAGGUUCCCUUGUCCUUUUCAGCCAGCAAUUGAAAACUGGUGGUUAUGGACGCGCCUAUGCCGGCUUCCAACUACAUCUGGCCCGCGACAUCCUCGGAACGGGAGUGUACUUUUCCACGUACGAGACGGUCAAACAGACUCUGAACAACUUUCCUGGCGCUGGCCUCAAUGGCGGUUUCGCUGUUCCUAUCGCAGGAGGACUUUGUGGCAUGACUAGCUGGGCGGUCAUCAUUCCCAUCGACACCGCCAAGACAACCUACCAAAAAGCCCGCCUCGCCGUCGCCAAAGGCGUCCACGUUCCAAUGCCGCACCUCCACUACUUCAAGCGCGCAUCUUAUCGAGGUCUUGGUGUCUCAUGCAUGCGAAGCGCCGUCGUCAACAUGAUCUUCUUCAGCAUCUACGAGUCCGCAAAGACUUCGAUCGAUCGUUUCGUUGGCGACGAGCUCGACUGA